AUGGAGGUUCAAAGAAAGAAGUUGAGAGUGGAUGCUGAGGAUGUAAACAUAUGUAGAUGUGGCUCAGGGUAUAAGCAAAAAUUUUCGAUUCAUGAUACUUGGUGGCUGCUACGAAGUACGAGGGAGAAAUGUAGUUGGUCAAGAAGUAUCUGGUUCCCGGGGGCAACUCCUAAAUUUGCUUUUGUUGCCUGGCUUGCUGCUAGUAACAGACUGUCAACUAUGAAUAGGAUAACACAGUGGGAUCCAGGAGCAGUAGCGACUUGUGUGCUCUGCAAGAGGGAGCCAGAGACUAAAAACCUCUUAUUCUUUGAGUGCUCUUUUUCGUCUCAGGUUUGGGAAUAUCUAACGAAAGGGAUAUUGCUCAGUGAUUAUACAAAUGUCUGGGCGAACAUUUUGGAGGUCAUUUCUGAUGAAAGUAUAGAGGAGAAGAAAAGGUUCUGUUUGAGAUAUGCUCUGCAGUCUGCGUUGCAUGUUAUAUGGAGGGAGAGAAAUAAGAUAAAGCAUGAGGAGAAACCAAUGCUAGUUGGGGCUGUCAUGAAAAUGGUAGAGAAAGGUAAAUGGUAG